AUGCCUAAGUCAAAGGAACUUGUUUCUUCAAGCUCUUCUGGUAGCGAUUCUGACAGUGAAGUUGACAAAAAGCUAAAGAGGAAAAAGCAAGUUGCUCCAGAAAAACCUGUAAAGAAGCAAAAAACUGGUGAGACCUCCAGAGCACUGUCAUCCUCCAAGCAGAGCAGCAGCAGCAGAGAUGAUAACAUGUUUCAGAUUGGGAAAAUGAGGUAUGUUAGUGUUCGGGACUUUAAAGGGAAAGUCUUAAUUGAUAUUAGAGAAUAUUGGAUGGAUCCAGAAGGUGAAAUGAAACCAGGAAGAAAAGGUAUAUCUUUAAAUCCUGAACAAUGGAGCCAGCUGAAGGAACAGAUUUCUGACAUUGAUGAUGCAGUAAGAAAACUGUAA